AUGACAUCAUUCUUUGAGAAGGAAAAUAAGGAGUUGAAAGAAAAGAUCUGUGAAUUAGAGCAAAGUCAACAGAGUUAUAAAGAUAAAUAUGUGAAUGUUUUCUAUGAAAAUCAUGUAAAUGAGGAGCUUGUUAAAAAUUUAAAACGGGAGCAUAAAGAAGCUAUAGAACGUGAUGAAAACAAUUCCACAUUUUGGAUUCGUAAACUUGAAAAUACUUUGGAUUAUGAAAGAAAAGGGUUAGAUGAAGAGAUAAGAAGUUCAAACAAGAUAAAGCAAGAUCCGUCUAACAAACUUCAAAAAGCUGAGUUUGAAUUGAAUGCUAAAAGGAACUCUCCAGAAAAAAAGAAUAAGGAGGUUGAGGAACUAACUGAGAAACUUCGUAAAUCUGAGAAUGAAUUGAUUGAUGAAAGGAAGUUAUUGGAUCAAGAGAAAGAUAAG